AUGUUUAAGUGGGUACAAUCUGGACUCUCUGCUGUAGCAGGUACUGCAGAACCAGAAUAUGGAAGAGAAGCAGUUCAAACUGUUAUUGAUUCUAUUGGAGAAAAUGAUGAAGUUUAUCAAGAAACUACUGUACAAGAUUUUGCAUGGAAAUCUCCAGAUUAUACAAAUGUAGAAACCCAAACCUUUUACUUUACUUGUUUAAAAACUGGUAUUGUUGGAUUUGCUCAAGUGAUUCAUUCUAAUCUUAUGGGUGUUCAUACUACUGCUCAAUUUACCUUUAGAUUAUUCAACCAUCAUAAUGGUAAGCCAAUUGAGGAAAAUAUUUGGACUUCAACAAAAUUGGAAGAUUUUAGAACUGAAGGAUCAAACUUUUAUGCUCAAGGUCUUUCUAUUGAAUUAUCUGAAGAUAAUUUAACUUAUACUUUGAAAUCAUCAGUAAAUCCUGAUUCAAUUGUAGAAUUAACCGUUUCAAGAUUAGUUCCAGGUGUUAUUUUUGGUAAAGAUGGUACCACUCAUUAUGGUGAAGAUGCUUUAAAUCCAUGGGGUUCAAUGCGUCAUUUAUUCUGGCCAAGAUGUAAAGUCAAUGGUACUAUUAAACUGGGAGAUAAAGUUAUUGAAAUUGAAGGUUUAACUAUGUUUGUAAUGGCUUUACAAGGUAUGAAACCCCAUCAUGCUGCCAAAGCUUGGAACUUUCUUAAUUUCCAAAGUGAAAACUACAGUGCAGUUCAAAUGGAAUUUACUACUCCUCCUUCUUAUGGUAAUACAAAGGUAAAUAUUGGAAUUUUAACUUCCAAUGAUAAAAUCUUAACUUGUUCUAUCAAUAAUGAUGUCCUUCAUUUGGAACCAACCAUAGAUGAAGUUGGAUGGCCAGUUCCAAAGGCCAUUGAAUUCAAAUAUAAUGGUGAUAAAUCUUCCGAUCCUUCUGUAAAGGCUUCAGUUAAAGGUGAUUUAGAAGUUCUUGUUGAAAGAGUUGAUGUUAUGGCUGAAAUCCCUCAAUUUGUUAAAAACAUUGUUAGUGGUGUAUCUGGUGCUAAACCAUUUAUUUAUCAAUUCUGUAACGAUUUUGAAGUUGAAGUUGAAGGUAAAUCUUCUGAAAAGGGAAUUGCAUUUAAUGAAGCUACCUUUAUUUCUGAAUAA